GCGGGGAGGGAGGGCGCGCGGCGGAGCGCCGAGGCCAAGUGCAUUGUGUCUGGCGGCGGCGGCGGCGGCGGCGGCGAGCCCACCGGCGGCCGCGGCGAGCCGGGAAGCCAUGGAGCCGCGGGCGCUCGUCACGGCGCUCAGCCUCGGCCUCAGCCUCUGCUCCCUGGGGCUGCUCGUCACGGCCAUCUUCACCGAUCACUGGUACGAGACCGACCCCCGGCGCCACAAGGAGAGCUGCGAGCGCAGCCGCGCGGGCGCCGACCCCCCGGAUCAGAAGAACCGCCUGAUGCCCCUGUCGCACCUGCCGCUGCGGGACUCGCCUCCCCUGGGACGACGAUUGCUCCCCGGCGGCCCCGGGCGCGCAGACCCGGAGUCCUGGCGCUCGCUGCUGGGGCUCGGAGGGUUGGACGCCGAGUGUGGCCGGCCGCUGUUCGCCACCUACUCGGGCCUCUGGAGGAAGUGCUACUUCCUGGGCAUCGACCGGGACAUCGACACCCUCAUCCUGAAAGGUAUUGCACAGCGAUGCACCGCUAUCAAGUACCACUUUUCUCAGCCCAUCCGCUUAAGAAACAUUCCUUUCAAUUUAACCAAGACAAUCCAGCAGGAUGAAUGGCAUCUCCUCCAUCUAAGAAGAAUAACAGCUGGCUUCCUGGGCAUGGCGGUGGCUGUCCUGCUGUGUGGCUGCAUCGUGGCCACUGUCAGCUUCUUCUGGGAGGAGAGCCUGACCCAGCAUGUGGCUGGACUCCUGUUCCUCAUGACAGGGAUAUUUUGCACCAUCUCGCUCUGCACGUACGCCGCCAGUAUCUCCUACGAUUUGAACCGGGUCCCGAAGCUCAUUUACAGCCUGCCUCACGAUGUGGAACAUGGCUACAGCUGGUCCAUCUUUUGUGCCUGGUGCAGUCUGGGUUUUAUUGUGGCAGCUGGAGGUCUCUGCAUCGCCUACCCCUUUAUUAGCCGGACCAAGAUUGCACAUCUAAAGUCUGGCAGGGACUCCACGGUAUGACUGUCUGCACCGUCGAAGGCCCAGCUACACAGUGGGUCCCUCCAGUAUGGGAGUGGAACUGAGUUCACACCAGGGUUCCAAGCACAAAGAGGUCUUUUACAUUCCAACCUGUUGCCUGCAGCCCUUUCCGGAUGACUGAUGGAAAAUCACACAGAACCUCCCAACCUUUCUAAGGACGAGACUGCUGUGGGUUCAAGUGCUUUAAUGACUAUUUAUGCUUUGACUGUGCAAAAUGAGGAACUGUGCCCCGGGACUUUUGUAGCAUCAGAAAAGAGGAACAGCGAUGGGAAGAUUUGUACGAUUUCCAUUUCUUUCAGAAGGUUUGUAUAUAACGAUCGCCGGAGAGUUGUUUCUAUCUGCGAAAGGAUUCAUAACAAAACGAGUAUAAUUUUCUUGUCACUGUAUCAGGCUUGUUCGAUUUUUUUUUUUUUUAAUGCUGCAUCUUCAGAACUGGUCCUAACGGUGUCUUGUGUCAGCACCUGCUACUUGUGCGUUAUUGGUGGCUGUUCUUUGUCACCAGAGGAUUAUUCUUCUGUUGCCUUAUUGUUACUUUUAAUGAAUUGAAGUCAACUGUCUGUCUUUGUACUGGAUUCAAACGCAUAAGAACAACAGACCAACUGUGUAAGAGCCGAUCCGUAACACUAUGCAGUAUCAUUUGAAGUCUGACUUAUUGUUUGGCUUUGUGUCUCUUUAUGUCAACUGGGUUUCUGCAUUAAAUGACUGCCCCCUUGUUAAUUUA